AUAGAAGAGAAAUUAGCCGAAAAAGCAGAUAAAGAACAUAAACACAACAUCUCCGAUAUAAAUGAACUUCAAGCUACAUUAAAUAGUAAAGCGGACAAAAAUGAACUUGACGCAAUGAACAAAGUUUUGAAAUCUCAUAAACACAACAUCUCCGAUAUAAAUGAACUUCAAGCUACAUUAAAUAGUAAAGCGGACAAGAACCAUGUUCAUUAUAUAACUUCAGACGAACAGAUUAUAACGGACUACCAUGGAUAUUUAACACGAAGUGAUGAAGCGAAGACAAAAAAUGUUAAUGAAAGAAGAUAUAAAUACAUUCGUGCUAAAGGUUAUGACAUAAGCUGUACUGUACAGUAUGAUGUAGCUAAAGCACCAGAAGCAUUUGGUUAUACCGGUGAAAUUUAUGCCUCUACUUUCAAUGUUAACGGUGUAUUAGUUGAACCAAGAUUUACUUUGAGAGUUAAGGCAAAAAUAACGUUUGAAGAUGCUAUUAAAAGUAAAGCUGACAAAGUUGAACUCGAAGCAACGAACAAAGUUUUGAAAUCUCAUAAACACAACAUCUCCGAUAUAAAUGAACUUCAAGCUACAUUAGACAGUAAAGCUGACAAGAACCAUACACAUAAAUCCUUCACUACUGUUAGAGCAGACGACAUAAUAUUGAACUUUGACCUUGGUUCAAGUGCACCAUUAGAAAAUCCAAGUACAAGCGUAAAAGAUACUCUUAACAGUUUAGAUAAGAGUUGCAGGAACAUUGAAAGUCAUGCCAGAAACUUUGAAGCACAUGAACUACCAACAAUGUUAGAUAAGAAAGCAGAUAAAACUUAUGUGGAUGCAGAACUAACAAAGAAAUUUUCGAAACCAGAUACAAUGACAUUUACAACAGAAAUUAUAAAUGGUGAACCAGCAACUCCAUUUGAAUUUGUUAGAGGUCUUCAACCAGAUACUUUUGAAUUUUUCUUGGAUAAUUCUAUUGAACUAACAUUACAUUAUAAAAGUGGAACAAAUGCAACAUUUCAUCCGGGAGAUACAUUCCAAAUGGUAUUUAAUGACAUAAGUUCUUUAGAAUAUGUUUAUAGAGUUAUGAGCAUAUAUGAUUUAAUAUAUCCUAUAGGAGCUGUUUAUACGUCUAUGAAUCCAAUAAAUCCAAACACUUUAUUUGGUGGUAGAUGGUAUGAAAUAGUUGACAGUUUUCCAUUCUACACUAAUACGCAGUCAAUGAAGAUGGGAGGUUCAAAGAAAAUAGGUAUUGAAAACCUUCCUUCACAUAUGCAUAGGUUCAGUGGAAGAACAUCUGUGGAAGGAAACCAUUCACAUUCAAUAACAAAAAGAGGUUAUACAAAUCUUGCAGCGGGUUCGGAUAGACAGGGAAUGCAUAGAUAUGAUAUUUCAACUGACCCAGUAGAUUCAAGCACAGGUAUUUUCUGUGGAACUGCAGGAAAUCAUACACAUGUUGUAGCUGGUAUUACAGACCCAGCAGGUAAUGGAAAAGAUUAUAUGCCUCCUUAUAUAACAAUGCACGCUUGGAUACGAGUUGGUUAA